AUGGCGGAUCGCGCACCGAACGCGACGCCGCCGGCGCUGUCGGCAGCCGCCGAGCCUGUGCUCAUAGCCGAAGCCGAGGCGAUGUUGGACGGCCCCGACGGCCUCGAGCAGGUCGUGCCGGGCGACCUGUGGCCGCCGGCCGCCGGCUUUGCGCCGGCCACUCCGCUGGACGUGCCGGCGCCGUCCAUCCCUACGCCAGAGCGCUUUGCGGACGCGCUCGCGUCCGAGGUGCUGCCAAUGGAUCCUCUUGCGCUGCUGCCGGAGGAUACGGUGCCGCCGGCUCGGGGGACGGGUCUCGUGUAUGACCCCCGCAUGAUGCUGCAUGCAACGCCCGCGAUCGGCGAGUCGCAUCCGGAGCGCCCCGAGCGCAUUGCCAAGAUCUUUGGCCUGCUCGAGCGCCACGGGUGCGUGGCGCGCAUGGUGCGCAUUCCCUCGCGCGAGGCUCUGCGCUCGGAAGUCGCGCUCGUGCACAAUGCCGAGCUCUGGGACGAGUUUGAAGAAACCGUGCGCAUGCCCCUCGACCAGCUGAUCCUCUACUCGCGGCAGCUCGAGGCCAAAGCGUCACUCUACCUGAACCAGCACUCGACCUUUAGCGCGCGCAUUUCGUGCGGCAGCGUCAUCGAGAUGUGCCACGCGGUCGCGACGCGGCGCGUCCGCAACGGCUUUGCCGUCGUCCGUCCUCCGGGGCACCACGCCGAGCCGAACUGUGGCACAGGCUUUUGCCUGUACAACAAUGUCGCGGUCGCCGCCGCGUCGCUCCUGGCGAAUCCCUCACCGGUGGACCCGGUGAAGCGCAUCAUGAUUGUGGACUGGGACGUGCACCACGGCAACGGCACGCAGCGGGCGUUUUGGAACAACCCCAGCGUGCUGUACGUCUCGCUGCACCGGUACGAAAACGCGUCGUUCUACCCCGGCACACCGUAUGCGAACUUUGACAUGGUCGGCGGCCCCGAUGCCGAAGGCACGUCGCUCAACGUGCCGUGGCCGUGCGGCGGCAUGGACGACGCCGACUACCUGCACGCCUUCCAGCGCUGCAUCAUGCCGGUCGCCUACGAGUUUGCGCCAGACAUGGUGAUUAUCAGCGCCGGCUUUGACGCGGCCGAGGGCGACUUGCUCGGCGGCUGCCACGUCUCGCCGGCGGGAUAUGCGCACCUCACGCACCAGCUUGCGGCGCUCGCCAACGGGCGCCUGGUCGUCGCGCUCGAGGGCGGCUACGACCUGGAUGCGAUUGCGAACUCGGCAUUGGCCGUGACGCGCGUCUUGCUCGGCGACGCGCCGCCGAUGCUCGCACCGGGGCAGGCGUGCAGCUCGGCAGGCGCCGAUACCGUGGCGCGCGUCGUGCGGACGCAGGCGCGCUACUGGCGUAACCUCGCCGCGGACCAGGUGCCGCAUGCGCCCCAGCUCGACGCGCGCGACGUGCUGGCCGCGCAGCGGUCCGCGUCGCUCUGGGCAGCGCACCGGAUGGUGCCGCUGCCUGCGAUACCCGCCGAGUCUCUCGCAGCGAACCAGGUGGUGUGCUCUCCGUCGCUGAUGGAGGCAAAGAGCACGGUGCUGCUGGUGUACGUCCACGACUCGGCUCCGAUCCACGUAUCGGACGCGCUCCUCGACGGCGACUAUGCAAACGAGCCGGCGGUGCACUUUGCGGAUGCGAGCGCAUUUGUAGCGCACUGGGCGUCAGAGCGCGGGUAUGCGGUGGCAGAUAUGAACACGCGCGCGACGCUGCCAGUGCGCUCGCUGCGCAACCGCGACCACGACAGGGCAAUGCCGCGCACGAGCGAAGGUGUGCUCAAGAGCAACCUCGCCGAGCAGCUGCUUUAUGUAUGGGACAAUUUCCUGGCGCUCAGUCCCGCGAAAAAGGUCGUGUUUGUCGCACAGGGCACGGGGUGCGAUGCGGUGGUGCAGCUGAUUGCGCGGCGCGUCGUGCAGGAGCGCAUCGCUGCCAUGGUCCAGCUCAUGGCAUACAACCCCAUUCCGCUCGUGCCAAAAGGGCGGCAGGAGCUCAAGGCAUGGUACUUUGCGCACUCGCUUGUCGUGUGCCCACGGGAGCAUCCGCUGUAUGCGUGGGGCGAGCAGUCGGCAUCGGGGAAGCGACUGGGGCAUACAGUGCGUGCGGACGAGGCGAGCGCUGCGGAUUUGCUGCCGGCCGUAUGGGGCCAGGUGGAACGGUUUGUAGAGGAAAAACUGGCCUAG